AGAGAGAGUCUUCCUCAUUCAUCUCCUCUCUUAAACAAAGAAUGCUCAGGUUUAGGAUGAAGAGCCCUCUCUUUUUGUUACUAUCUGUCAGCUUUUCUUAUGCAUUCCCCAUGCAUCCAGGAAACAAGAGUGAAGAACAAAAUGUGCAGCUUGUACAGGAGUAUCUAGAACAGUUCUAUGAGCUAGAACAUGAACCAAAGCUACAAGCCUGGAAAAGCAGGAAUUCUUUAGAGGACAAAAUCCAACAAAUGCAAGAAUUUUUCCAGCUGAAUGUGACGGGAAAGGCAGAUGCUGACACACUAGCUGUUAUGCAGCAACCAAGAUGUGGUAUGCCAGAUAUCGCUAGCUUUGUUUUGGCUCUUCCUGGAUGGAGUAAAACCAAGCUUACAUACAGGAUCUUGAAUUACACACCUGAUAUGAAAGCAGCUGAUGUGGACAGAGCCAUUCACAGGGCAUUCGAUGUCUGGAGCGCUGUGACUCCUCUGACGUUUACGAGGAUUCAUCAAGGGGCAGCAGACUUGAAGAUUGCGUUUGCGACUGGAGUCCACGGCCGCUGCCCUAAGCCCUUUGGGGGGGCCCUGCCAGCUCUUGCACAUGCUUUCCCCCCAGGCUAUCCUUUCCGUGGGAACGUCCACUUCAACGAGGAUUACAACUGGGCUGCAGAUUCAGAUACUGAAGUGAAUGAUGCACCAUAUCUAAUGAGAUUCAACUUGUUCCUUGUUGCUGCUCAUGAGAUCGGCCAUGCUCUUGGGCUUGCACAUUCUAAUGACCCGCAAGCGCUGAUGUUCCCAUACUUCAAGUCCACUCUCUCUGUUGAUUUCCCUCUCGCCCAAGAUGAUAUUGAUGGCAUUCAAGCAAUCUAUGGACCUUCACCUCACCCACCAAAGGAGCCAGCUAAACCCACGCUGCCUAAGGCCUGUGACCCUAAGACAUCAUUUGAUGCUGUUACUACACUGAGACAGGAAGUUAUGUUCUUAAAGGGCAAGCACUACUGGAGAGUAUAUCCUAGUCUCUCUGAGGUUAAUUAUGAAUUAAUUUCGACCUUUUGGCCUUCUCUACCAUCUGGCAUCCAAGCAGCUUAUGAAAACAUGAAUGAUCAAGUUCUCUUUUUCAAAGAUAAUCGCUUCUGGGUUCUAAGUGGCUUACAGAUGGAGCCUGGCUACCCCAAAACCAUUAACCAUUUGGGUUUCCCACAAAGCAUUAAGAAAAUUGAUGCUGCUGCUUUUGAUAAGAAUACUGGGAAAACGUAUUUCUUUGUUGGUAACCAGUACUGGAGGUAUGAUGAAAACAGUCGAUCCAUGGACGGGGGGUAUCCAAGAAAGACAAGAGAUGAUUUUCCUGGGAUUGGCCCCAAAGUUGAUGCUGCUUUUCAGCACAAUGGAUUCUUCUAUUUUUUCCAUAAGUCAAAGCAGUGGGAGUUUGACCUAAAUGACAAACGAGUGACACGUGUAAUGAAGAGCAACAGCUGGCUUAAUUGUUAGCAUUAAACAACUCAGUAUUUAAUUAGCAAAUAAAAGUUUCCAAAGUGUAUGUUUUCGGGGCGCCUAUCUAAUGUAUUGCAGCUGCAAAGCAAAAUGCUUUUAAAAAU